AUGAAGCUGAAAAUAGACGAAGGAGCGAAAAACAUCACACAACCUCACAACGCUGGGAAAUUGGGUAGCCAUGUAUCUGGCCAAAUAAUCGGCGGCAGUGCAGCGUUUCGUGGCCAGUUCCCCUGGCAAGUGUACAUAGUAAUUGACAAUAAUUAUUUGUGCGGCGGCUCAUUGAUUUUGACUGAAUGGAUUUUAACUGCCGCUCACUGUGUCUACAACAGGAAUAAUUUUGUCGUUACUCUCGGCGCAAUAGAUCGUAAAGUCAACUUGGCAGGCUCAAUAACCAUGUCCACAAAUUCUAAGUUUGUCCACGAAAAUUACAAAACUUCCAACUUGAACAAUGACAUUGCCAUGCUCAAGUUGCCCUCGGCAGUUACAACAAAUGACUUUAUCCAAGUGGCAAAAUUGCCAGAGACAACCGACGGCAUCAAAACCUUUGAAGGAGUAACUGUCACUACCAGUGGCUUUGGCAAAACUGCUGACGGUUCUUCAAGUAGUCAAUAUUUGAACUACGUGGACUUGGAAGUUAUUUCCAACGUAGCUUGUUUGCAGUAUUACAGAUCGGAUAUUGUAAUAAGUUCCACUCUUUGCACAAAGUCGGGAACAUCAAAAUCUACUUGCAGCGGUGAUAGUGGAGGGCCUCUUGUCUACAAAGAAAAUGACGUUUACAAAUUAAUCGGCAUUGUUUCAUUCGGUCCGUCUUCUGGUUGUCUAUCUGGACCUUCUGGCUUUGUACGAGUGGCCUCUUUUUUACAAUGGAUGUCUAGUAAAAUUGGAAAAGAUAUCAGUGCAGAAGUGACAGUAACCAUGCCUAUCACUUUUUCUGACACUGUGAUGUCCACAACUUUAAUGGCAGAGAUGAAUAGCACAGAGUCUCAUAUCAACACCUUUCACAACAACACCUUUAACUUCGGCAACGCCAACAUCUUCCAGCUCCGAAACACAUUUGAGCUCAUCAACACCCACACCUUUGGACUCAUCAACAUCAACAUCAACACCCUUAGGAUCCGCAACGCCAACAUCUUCAAGCACCGAAACACAAAAAACGUUGAGCUCUUCACUACCAACACCUUCAAGCUCUGA